UGUGCCGAUGACCAUGGAGAUGAAGGACUCGGGCAGCGUGGUCCUGACAGCCUACCAUCCCCACAGCCCGGCCAGGAUCCCGGGCAUGGAGCAGAGCUUUGUGCAAGAGAUCCCCCCCAGCCACUCGCCCGCCAGCAGAAAGUCUCUCCCUCGUUGUCGAAGAAUUAACAGGAUGCUUUCCAAUGAGUCGGCACCUCCUCCUGCAUUCAGUCGCUCCAACUCGCAGGCCUCCAUGGACAGCACCUCCAUGGAGGACUUCUGGUGCGAAGUGGAGAGCAUCAAGGAGAGCAGUGAAGACAGAUCUGAAGAAGCAACACUCUCAGAGUUCAAACCUGCUGAUGAAGGGGAGCUGGAGGCAGAAUGGCUGCAAGACGUAGGUUUAUCUACCUUGAUCUCGGGAGCUGAAGAGGAGGAUGGCCAAGCCCUGCUGUCCACUCUGACCAGAACUCAAGCUGCCGCCGUACAGAAGAGGUACAACACCUACACUCAGACCCUGAGAAAGAAGAACAAGCACACAGUCCGCGAUGUGAGAGACAUCUUUGGCACCAAUGACUCUCCUCCCACAUUUGAGACAGUUCCAGUGUCACCAGUUCCUUCUAAUGGUAUCCAGCUUCCUGGGCAGAAGCCAGUUUGGAAAUCAGUUAGCUCUAAUAGCUGUCUAGAUUGCAGACUAGAUAAAGGCAGCCCAUCCGUAACAGAAGAGCUCUCCUAUGAGGUCUCUUUCUCAGAAUCCAUUAUGGUCCUUCCAAAAACCCAAGAAUGGCCGAAAAACCAGAGGUUCAAAAAGGAAGACUCUGCUUUGCCUAAAUUCAUUGUUCGGAAAAGCCGGUUUGGACUGACAGAGGUUGGGGACCUCUCUCCUGAAGACAUGAAGAAGAUCCGCUACCUCUCCCUGAUUGAGCUAACGGCCUUCUACGAUGCACUGGGGGUGGAGCUGAAGAGGAACCGCGCAGAGAGGGUGCGGGGACGAGAGAAUGGUCUGUUUGGAGUCCCUCUCACCAUACUGCUGGAGAAUGAUCAAAAGAAGGUUCCUGGAAUAAAAGUUCCUCUCAUCUUCCAAAAAUUGCUUCACAAGCUUGAGGAAACAGGUUUAGAAACUGAAGGAAUUCUACGAGUGCCUGGAUCUGCCUCCAGAGUCAAGAACCUCCAUCAAGAACUUGAGGCAAAAUUUUAUGAAGACACUUUUGACUGGGACCAAGUACGAAAUAAUGAUGCAGCAGGACUGCUGAAAAUGUUUAUAAGAGAACUCCCAAGCCCACUCUUCACAGUAGAAUAUCUACCUGCUUUCAUCAUGCUAGUGGAAAAAAUCUCCAAGAUCAAGUUACAGCUACAAGCUUUACAUCUGUUGAUCAUGCUGUUGCCUGAAGCCAACAGAGACACAGCCAAGGCCUUUCUUCAGUUCCUGAAGAAGGUGGUUGCUAAUGAAGGGAAGAAUAAGAUGAAUUUGUGGAAUGUUUCUAUGAUUGUUGCACCAAACCUCUUCAUCUACAAAGGGAAGCGUGCAAACCAACAAGAAAUGCAAGCAGCUGCCACCACAGCGCACAUUGUGCGGCUUUUAAUUCGGUACCAGGACAUCCUGUGGACAGUCCCAUCCUUCCUGAUCUCCCAAGUGAGAAAAAUGAAUGAGGCAGCAAUGAACAACAGCAAGAGGCAGCUGAUGUUUGACAAAGGAGUGAGAAAACUUCUGAGGAGAAAGACCAUGGAACGGGAGAGACCUGAAAGACCAGAGGGAGCUGUCACUUUUCCCCCAUACCUGCAGUCUGACAUACCCGAGGGGGUGAUAAGAGUUUAUGCUCCACUGCACUCAAAAGUCUCUAUGGCAAUUCAACUCAAUAGCCAAACAAAAGCCAAAGACAUCCUGGCUCGAUUCCACUGUGAAAACAGCCACGGAUCAUCACAGAACAUGAGAGGCCAGAUCCAAAGUUUACAUGAAAUUGGAGGAAAUAUAGGCCAGCACUGUUUGGAUCCGGAUGCCUACAUGUUAGAUGUUUACCGUGCAAAUCCUCAGGCAGAAUGGGUGAUAAAACCAAAAGCAAGCUGA